UGGGGAUGACGUGAGCGGAAUUACGAGAUGUCAUAUGAUCGACAGCCUUCCCAUUCAGGAACCAUCGAACUUGUCGCGGCUCGGACUUUGAAGUCGAGCCAUUCAUGGCCCCGUUCAUUCCCAUCACCGUCAUCACUGGAUUCCUUGGGGCGGGGAAAACGACACUGAUUCUCUCUCUGCUACCACAGCUUCCUUCAGAUUACAAGGUUGUAUUGCUGAAGAAUGAAUUUGGUGACGUUGAAGUGGAUAGCAAGCUGGCGGCACAAUCUAGUCUGACCGCUGUCAGCGAAAUUCUCAAUGGUUGCAUGUGCUGUGUCCUAGUUGGUCAAAUGCAGAAUGCGUUGUUAGAGAUCAAAGAUAAAUAUACCCCAGACCGUAUCAUAAUUGAAUGCUCUGGGUCAGCUUUCCCCGCGACGCUGGCAUUUCAGAUACGCGAAUUGGAACGUGAGACCGGCGGGGGUCUUAGAUUGGAUGCUAUCGUUACAGUAAUAGAUGCGGAAAACUUUACAGGUUAUGAAGAUACCUCACCAACUGCAAAGAUGCAGUCUAGUUAUACCGACAUGAUCCUUAUCAACAAGUGGGAACAUGUCUCAGAGCGACAAUUAGAUAUCGUGUUAGACCAUUUGGGGACGUUGAAUGACCUUACCCCCAAAAUUAGAUGCCAAGGAAAGCAGGGUGUAGAUCCCAAGCUGAUUCUUGGGUUAGAGACGAAACUUUUCAUGGAAGCGGAAGAUUACAAGGACGUGACUCACCAAGAUGAAGUCGAGACUGUAACAAUUCUGCGAGGGGCCGACAAAUCGGUACACCACCAUCACAAUUGCGAUUCUCAUGCCAAUGGACAUGUUGACGAAGAAGUUACUGGGUCCGAGAAGUCGGAGGAAGGUAUUACACAGGAGCAGCUGCAGACGGCACUAGAUUCUCUUUCGAAGGAGAGCGUGUGGAGGGUAAAGGGAUUCGUACGCUUCGGCUCUCAGGAAGUAUACAUAUUAAACUGGGCAUUUGGGCGACAUGAGUUGACCGUGCUAAGGGGCACACACAAAGAGAGAGCAGCUAUCCGGUUGACGGCUAUGGGAGAAAGGGGGGAAGUGAAGAGGGCGGUAAGAGCAUUCGCCGGUGCUCUUGGUGCUAGGAUCGGAUAAUCCGUCGACGGUCCGCGGCUCGCAAAUGAUGUCUAGACACUGCUAUUGCUUCCGUAUGAUAUUUUGAUCACGUGAAUGGUUUCUUGCGAAUUC